AUGCGUUUCUCUGCAGCUCUCGUCGCCUUGGCUGCUGCCUCGGCUCAGGCCCAAACCAAAUACAACUACACCAGCGAGUUGGACAUGACUAUUGAUCCCAACACUGUUCCCCAGACUGAACGAGCCACUUGGUGCCAGGGUCAGACUAACACUUGUCGACUUCUCUGCAAUGCUGAUGCUGCUGUCAACAGCUGUUCCGAGUCAACCCUCAAGUGGAACUGCACUUGCUCCUCCAACAGCUCGACCCCCGGCAUUCAGUACUACAAGCAGACCAUGCCCUUCUACAUUUGCCAGGCACUCUUCUCGCAAUGCAUCACCACCAACGCCGGCAAUGCCCAGGGUCAGGACGUUUGCAACAACAACAUUAAGCCUCUCUGCGCCAAAAACGAUCCCCCUAAGAGCCCUAUUGGCGACAGCAGCGGCGGCAGCUCCUCGACCACUGAUGCCUCCAAGCCCACUCAGACCGGUGGCAGUAACACUCAGGUGACGACCACCAGCUCCAAAGGUCUUGCUGGUCCUACCAUGGCCCCCGUGGGCAACGGCGUCUUUGUUGCUGCCAUGGGCCUGAUGGCUUACAUGCUCUAG